AUGGAUUCCCGGCGGAAGGAGUUCGAGCGCUGCUGUCGGGCGGCCUCCUCCCAUGAGCGGCGGAGCACAAAUGAGCAAACUCUUUUGAGACACCUUCAAGAAGGAAAACAAUGUCCAAGGACGUCGUCGCCCUCCGUCUCCGACACCAUCUCCGUCGCGCGCUGCGUGGCGGCCGCCAAGCCGCUGCGCCGCGCCAUCCUCGAUCGGGGCUUCUGCCACCUGCUAGCGCAGCGCGCCACCGCCACCUCUGGCUACGACCCGUCCCUGCUCCACGGCGUCUCCUACAAGGUCGAGGACAACGACGCCGACUGCCCCGCACGCGUCGUCCAGCCCGUGCCCCCCGACGAGCCCUCCGUGCUCUGCUUCAACGAGAGCCUCGCCUUUGAGCCCGUCGCCUCCUGCGACGGCCUAUCAGGCGGGGCGGAGCAUGCGGGGCGGCGAGCUCGGCGGGGCGGGCGGGGCGGAGGAGGCGGGGCAGCGAGGGAAGCGGAGCGGGGCGGAGGAGACGGGGCUGAGGACAAUCAAGUUGACAGGCUCAGUAAGUUGCCGGAUGACGUUUUGCUCAACAUUGUGGAGCGACUUGAUAUCGCUGAUGCUGCACAAACCACCAUCCUCUCCAGACGUUGGAAGCAGAUCCCUGCUUUACUCUCAAAGAUUGUUAUAAAGGUUGCUUCUUUUCAACCCAAGCAUGAAGGUAGGAAGUUAACCUCAGAUGAUAUAGUUCGGGCCAAUACCAACGUGCUGCAAGCAACCAGGAGCAUACUGGAAAAGAGGGCUGCAAGUCCACACACCAUUCACCUGUUGCGCAUGCAAUUCUACUUGGGAGAUGAGUCCAUUUUCAUUGGUCAGACUGUUGCCAACACCAUAGCAACACACAAGGUUGCUUCAGUUGAGUUUACAAUCUUGACGAAGGUGCGCACAAAUUUUACCAAUAAUGACCUGCUCACUCAUGGGAGGCAGUUCAUGUCAUUCCUUGGUUCGUGUCCAAACACAUUUGGUGGUCUUGCACGCCUCACGCUAGAGAAUUUGAGGUUAGGAGAAUCAGACUUUCCCAAAAUUUUCAGUAUAUGCAAGCAACUCGAGGUCCUCUGCCUCUACCACUGUGAUAUGGGCAUUGAGUCUUUGCUGGAAGUGGAACACUCACAACUCAGUGAACUGGUGAUUGGCCGUAGCGUGCUUAUUAAGAGGGUUGAUCUGAAGUGGGUACCAAAACUCACAGUACUGAAAUUUAAUAUGUUUCGAUCUCAAGAUGACCCCUUCUGUCUUGGCUAUGUCCCACUUCUCCAGACUGUGAGCAUCAUUAAUACUGGUUUUUCUUGGCACAAGAUGCUCAAGAUAAGUGAGUUGCUGGGUGAAACCGCCAUAAGCAACCUGCAUUUGAACUUCAAAAGUGAAAAGAUUUGGGUCAAGCCGGAAGGUCGAAGACAAUUGUUACCAGUGUUACACAAGCUAAGGCUUGUGAAUCUGAUUAACAUUUCUGAAGAAUGCGAUCUGACUUGGAUAAUGUUCAUACUUCAAGGUGCACCCACCCUUAAGGAACUACGCAUCUUGGUGCGGGACCAUUUAUGUGAAAUGGUAACUGGGGAGCAGAGAAAAAAGUAUGCCUUUAGCGAGGAGAAGGACAAGGGACUAGAGUGGGAACCAUCUGCAUCUGAUUUCAAGCACCACAACCUUGCCGAGCUCAGAAUCUAUGGGAGGUUUGAAGCAGAAGAAAAAAUCGUGCGCUUUGCCAGGAAUGUCAUGGAAGCAGCGGUGAAUCUCGAGGACAUAAAACUUUAUAAGAGUCCAGUGUGUGAGAAUUGCAAGCACAUGCUCCAGGAGUGGACGUUGAAGGAGAAGUCGUUGCUUAGCUACAAACUCAGAAAGGGGAUGCUGUCUUCGCUCGUCCGGAUUCAGUUCCCAAGUUUAGGGGAAAUUUUUACUUGGCCCAAUUACUGGUCAUGAGCUGCAAGCUGCGUUUUUUUUUUUUUGAGGGGUUGCAAGCUGCAGUUGACAGGAGUUGUUGU